UCGCGCAGAGAUCCCGCAGGUGGUGGCGCCGCCGCUGGGGUCGACGGGAGGUUUCCAAGAUGGCGCUCACGUGUCGGUGGCGGCUGGAACGCGGCGCCUCCGCCUGCUCUUAAGCCCCGUCGCUUUCCUUUUCCCCGGCAGGCAGUUGACUGGCAGUGCUCGCACGGCGCUUGGUGGCGGCCUCGGCGAGAGGGCCGGCGUCACCGCCACCAGCUGCAGAAGGUGCGUGAAUGUGGACAUGACCACCAUGGAGAAGCUGAUGAAGGCCUUCGAAUCCCUCCGUUCUUUCCAGCAGCAGCAGCAGCAGCAGGCGCAACAGCAGAGUCCCGCAGCAGCGGCAGCCGCUUCCUCCACGGGCGCCGCCCCCCCUGAGGAGUCGCUUCCCAAACCAAAGAGAGAACUUUCCACUGCCAAGAAGGACCGAGUAAAUCAUUGCCUAAUAAUAUGUGAAAAUAUAGUCGCUCAAUCUUUAAGAAAUUCUUCAGAAUUUCAGAAAUUGCUGGGGAUUGCUAUGGAACUUUUCCUUCUCUGUAGUGAUGAUGUGGAUUCAGAUGUAAGGAUGGUUGCUGAUGAAUGCCUCAAUAAAGUUAUAAAAGCUUUGAUGGAUUCUAGUCUUCCUAGGAUACAGUUAGAACUCUACAAAGAGAUUAAAAAGAAUGGUGCUUCUCGAAGUCUACGUGCUGCUCUUUGGAGGUUUGCUGAGCUUGCACAUUUUGUUCGACCCCAGAAGUGCAGACCAUACUUGGUAAAUCUUUUGCCCUGCCUAACACGAGUAAGCAAGCGGUCUGAAGAAUCAGUACAAGAGACACUGGCUGCAGCAAUGCCAAAAAUUCUGGCGGCUUUUGGAAAUUUUGCAAAUGACAAUGAAAUUAAGGUUUUAUUGAAGGCUUUCAUAGCUAACUUUAAGUCGAGUUCUCCUACUAUCCGUCGAACUGCAGCUGCAUCAGCCGUGAGCAUCUGUCAGCAUUCACGAAGAACACAAUAUUUUUAUACUUGGCUACUGCAUGUAUUGCUAGGUUUAUUAUUUCCCAAGGAAGAUGAAUAUCCCAGUGUCUUAAUUCUUGGUGUAUUGCUCACCUUAAGGUAUCUGAUACCUUUCCUGCAGCAGCAGGUGAAAGAUACAAGUCUCAAAGGUAGUUUUGGUGUGAUAAGGAAAGAAACAGAGAUUUCUCCUUCCUUGGAUCAACUUAUUCAGGUUUACGAAUUAAGUCUACAUUACAUGCAGCACCAGGACCACAAUGUUGUGACUGGCUCUUUGGAACUAUUACAACAGCUUCUAAGAACACCACCUCCUAAUCUCCUCCUUGCACUGACUACUGUUGGUGGAAUUACACAAGUCAAUGUAUCCAAAGAUGAGUCUACCAACAGAAACCGCAGUGACAGCAUAGUAGAACUUAUAGCUGGAGGGGAGUCUUCAUGCAGUCCUGUUUUUCCCCGAAAACAAAAAGCUAAAGUACUUCUUGGAGAAGAAGAAAGUUUAGAAGAUGACUCUGAAACAAGAACUGAAGUCAGCAACACAGCUUUUGCAGCCUCUAUGAAGACUGAGUUGACCAGUGAAUUAGCUUCUUCAUCAAGCCUGUCAAAAGCUGUAAGUUCAGCAGCUGAUUCCUCAGGGUGUGACAUUAUAACUGAACAACCACGAUCUCAGCAUAUGUUACAAUCAGAGUCAGACCUGACAAGUUGUGAUUUGACAAGUUCGACUAACAAAGGAGAUGCUGAUGAUGACAUUCUUAGCCCCAGUCAGAUCAGUGCUGCCCACUCAGACCCUACAGUAGACUUGAACAAUGGCACCCUGGCAUCUUCUCCAAUUAGUGAAAGCUCUCAGACGACGACAGAAGGCCCAGAUUCAGCUGUCACCCCUUCGGACUGUUCUGAAAUGAUUUUAGAAGGUGCUGAAAACCAAUAUUCUGGAAUGCAGAUUGGACAGCUGCAAGAUGAGGAAGAUGAGACUGCAAAUAUCCCCCAGGAUGAGAGCAUUGAUACUUUCAGACAUUCUUUCCUUGCCUUUCAGCAGUCCCAUUUAUUAAACAGCAUGGGUCAUAACAGACAGCCUUCCAACAGUAGCAUGGAUACAUUUAUGUCAAAAGAAGAAAUUGAGCCUGCUGAUCAUGAAAAUAAGCUCUCCAGAAUUAAAGGAGAUAUAGGGUAUUACUAUGAUGGAAAUGCUGCUCCACUAGUUCAUUGUGUUCGUCUCCUCUCAGCCUCUUUUCUGCUCACGGGGGAGAAAGGAGCACUGGUGCCUGAUAAAGAUGUAAGAGUCAGCGUAAAAGCUUUAGCAGUAAGCUGUGUAGGAGCAGCUGUUGCUCUCCAUCCUGAAGCUUUCUUCAGCAAGCUGUAUAAAAUGCCUUUGGAGGCCACCAAAGAAGAGUGUGAAGAACAGUAUGUAAAGGAUAUUUUGAAUUAUAUUGAUCACGGAGAUCCCCAGAUUAGAGGAGCAACUUCCAUUUUAUGUGGAACAAUAGUUUAUUCCAUUCUCAGUAAAUCUCGCUUCGACGUGGAAAAUUGGCUAGCGUGCAUAAGAGCUUCAACAGGAAACAGAUUUUCACUGAUAGACUGUAUACCUUUGUUACAAAGAACUUUGAAAGACAAGUCUUCAGUUACAUGCAAGCUGGCUUGUACUGCUGUACGGCAUUGCAUCAUGAGUUUGUGCAGUAGCAGUUAUAGUGCCUUAGGUUUAAAGUUAAUGGUUGACCUCCUUACACUGAGGAAUAGUUCCUAUUGGCUAGUUAGGACUGAACUGCUGGAAACUCUUGCUGAGAUAGAUUUUCGGCUAAUCCAUUUUUUGGAAGGAAGGGCCAACAACUUGCACAGAGGUGCUCAUCAUUAUACUGGACUAUUAAAACUUCAGGAUCGGGUGCUCAACCAUGUAGUAAUUUCUCUGCUUGGAGAUGAAGACCCCAGAGUGAGGCACAUUGCUGCUGCUUCUUUAAUAAGGCUGGUUCCAAAGCUGUUCUAUAAUUGUGACCAGGGACAAGCUGAUCCGGUAGUAGCAAUGGCAAGGGACCAAAGUAGUGUCUAUCUAAAAUUGCUAAUGCAUGAAACUCAACCUGCUUCUCAGUUUGCAGUAAGCACAAUCACCAGAACAUACAGAGGAUAUAACAUUCUGCAAACUUCAACAGAUGUCACAAUAGAAAAUAACCUUUCUAGGGUUAUUGCAGCAGUUUCCCAUGCCCUGACAACAUCAUCAACAAGAUCUCUAACCUUUGGUUGCUGCGAAGCUUUGUGCCUUUUGUCCACAUCAUUCCCAGUUUGCACCUGGAAUGUAGGAUGGCACUGCAGUGUUUCCCUACUGGGUUCUACAGAAGACUCUCAAAAGAGUAGCACUAUUGGAAUGGCUGGUUUGGUUCUGUCCCUUCUUUCAUCAGCUUGGUUCCCACUAGAUCUGUCAGCCCAUCAAGAUGUUUUGAUACUGGCUGGAAACUUGCUUGCAGCCAGUGCUUCAAAAUCUUUGAAAAACCCCUGGACUAAUGAGGACGAUGCUAAUGUUGGUGCUGCUAAGCAGGAGGAGCCUUGGCCAGCUCUAGCAGACAGAACCCUUGUGGCUCUGGUAGAGCAAUUUUUUUCCCAUUUGCUGAAGGUCGUUAAUAUUUGUGCUCAUGUACUGGAUGAUAUUGUUCCUGGCCCUACAAUAAAGGCAACAUUACCAUCUCUAACAAACCCACCUUCUUUGAGUCCAAUUCGGCGCAAAGGAAAAGAAAAAGAAGUUACUGAACAUGCAUCUGUACCAAUGAGCCCUAAAAAGACAAGUGACAACAGCCCAGUUCCUAGGCAAACGGAUACUUCAGGUCCUGCUCCAGCAAGCAGAUCAUCAUCACUUGGGAACUUCUAUCACCUCCCUUCAUAUCUCAAGCUGUAUGAUGUUUUGAAAGCUACCCAUGCCAAUUAUAAGGUUACACUGGAUCUUCAGAACAGCAAUGAAAAGUUUGGUGGAUUCCUGCGAUCUGCUUUGGAUGUCCUCUCUCAAAUUUUAGAGCUUGCAACUCUUCAAGACAUUGGAAAAUAUGUUGAAGAAAUUUUGGGUUUUCUGAAAUCCUGUUUCAACAGAGAACCAAUGACAGCAACUGUAUGUGUACAGCAGUUACUGAAGACAUUGUUUGGCACAAACUUGGCUUCACAAUAUGAUGGCUUGUCUUCAAAUACUAGCAGAUCUCAAGGAAAAGCUCAGCGCUUAGGCUCUUCAAAUUUGAGGCCUGGCCUCUAUCAUUAUUGCUUCAUGGCUCCUUACACACAUUUUACUCAGGCACUUGCUGAUGCCAGUUUAAGGAAUACGAUUCAGGCUGACCUGGAACAUGAUACUUCUGGCUGGUUUGAUAUAUUGCAAAAGGUUUCCACACAACUGAAAGCUGGCAUGGCAACUGCAGUGAAACAUCGUGCUGACAAGAAUAUUAUUCAUAAUCACAUUCGCUUGUUUGAGCCCCUUGUCAUCAAAGCAUUAAAGCAGUAUACGACAACAACAUCCGUACAGCUGCAGAGGCAAGUUUUGGACCUCCUUGCACAACUGGUUCAGCUGCGGGUUAACUACUGCCUCCUAGACUCUGAUCAGGUGUUCAUUGGAUUUGUUCUAAAACAGUUUGAAUACAUUGAAGUGGGACAGUUCAGGGAAUCAGAAGCAAUUAUUCCUAGUAUAUUUUUCUUCCUGGUAUUAUUGUCUUAUGAGCGUUACCACUCCAAACAGAUAAUUGGAAUUCCUAAAAUUAUUCAACUCUGUGAUGGAAUAAUGGCAAGUGGAAGGAAAGCUGUUACACAUGCAAUACCAGCUCUGCAACCCAUCGUUCAUGAUCUCUUUAUAUUAAGAGGAGCAAACAAAGCUGAUGCUGGUAAAGAACUGGAAACACAGAAGGAAGUGGUCAUCUCAAUGUUAUUGAGGCUUAUCCAGUACCAUCAGGUGCUGGAAAUGUUUAUCCUAGUAUUGCAACAGUGUCACAGAGAGAAUGAAGACAAGUGGAAAAGAUUAUCACGACAGAUAGCAGACAUAAUUCUCCCAAUGUUGGCAAAACAGCAGAUUCAUAUAGAUUCCCAUGAAGCUCUGGGAGUACUGAACACUUUAUUUGAAAUAUUGGCACCCUCAGCCCUCCGUCCAGUAGACAUGCUUUUAAGGAGCAUGUUUGUGACUCCCAGUACAAUGGCAUCAGUGAGCACUGUCCAGCUAUGGAUAUCUGGCAUUCUUGCUAUUCUCCGGGUUUUGAUUUCUCAAUCAACAGAAGACAUAGUUCUUUCUCGUAUUCAAGAGCUCUCCUUCUCACCAUAUUUAAUCUCAUCGCAAACUAUUAACAGACUACGGCAUGGUGAAAACGUAGUUACCUCAAUUCAGGAACAAACUGAGGAAGAGCAAGAUAAAUAUCUGCCUGAAGAGACAUUUUCCAGGUUCUUGUUACAGUUAGUGGGAAUCCUGCUGGAAGAUAUUACUACCAAACGUUUGAAUGUAGAUAUGAAUGAACUGCAGCACACGUUCUACUGCCAAGAGUUAGGCACAUUGCUUAUGUGCUUAAUUCAUACCUUCAAAUCAGGAACGUUCAGAAGAAUCACAGCUGCAGCUACCAAGCUUUUUACAAGAGAUGGUUCUGAUAAUCAUUUUUAUACUCUUGAAAACUUAAAUGACCUUGUUCAGUCCAUGAUACCCACACAUCCUUCUUUAGUACUCCUGUGGUGUCAAAUCUUACUACUUAUUAAUUAUACUAAGUGCAGCUGGUGGUCAGAGGUGCAACAGACUCCAAAAAGGCACAGUCUUUCCACUACCAAACUGCUUAGCCCUCAGAUAUGUGGAGGUCACAGUGAAGCAGAUGCUGAAACCAAGCUUGGUAUGUGUAAUCAAGAGAUAGUCCGAAGAGGGGCUCUCAUCCUUUUUUGUGACUAUGUGUGCCAAAACCUCCAUGAUUCAGAACACUUAACUUGGCUGACAGUUAAUCAUAUUCAAGAUCUUAUCAAUCUGUCCCAUGAGCCUCCAGUGCAAGACUUCAUUAGUGCCAUUCACAGGAAUCCAGCAGCAAGUGGACUUUUCAUCCAGGCUAUUCAGUCACGAUGUGAGAACUUUGCAGCUCCAACUGCAGUAAAGAAAACAUUACAAUGCCUAGAGGGGAUUCACCUGAGUCAGUCUGGUGCUGUGUUAAUAUUGUAUGUGGACAAGCUUUUAUGCACUCCGUUCCGUGUGCUGGCUCGCAUGAUUGACACCCUAGCUUGCUGUCGAGUAGAAAUGCUUUUAGCUGCAACUGUGCAGAUCAGUACUGCUCAGUUACCAAUUGAAGAACUGGAUAGAAUUCAGGAAUAUCUUCAGAACACUAGAUUAGCACACAGACACCAAAGACUUUACUCACUGUUGGAUAGGUUUCGUUUUACUGUGGCCCCAGAAACAAUGAGCACAUCAUCUUUGAUUACUGCACACCCACUGGAUGGGGAGAAUCAGCCUGCAGUAGAAACUGUAAUUCCAGAUAAAGACUGGUAUAUUUCGCUCGUGAGCUCACAGUGCUACAUGAAGUCGGUGUCGGCUCUGCCAGAAGGUGCAGAAUUGGUGAAUCAGCUUCCUCAGCAUGAACUGAGUUCUUUUAUGAUACAUAAGGACUUCAACAUAAGCCUUCUAGCUCCUUGCUUAAGCCUUGGCAUGAAUGAUAUCUGCAAAAACCAGAAGAGACUUUUUGGAACUGCCUGUAGGGUAACUCUCAGUCAUGUGACUGCUGUUAUAAAAGAACUUCCCACCAAUCAUCACAUUUUUCAGCCGUUACAACCAAUUGAAACAUCAGCAUAUUGGAACAAGCUAAGCGAUAUCAUUGGAGACACUGCGGUGUAUCAGUCUGCAAUGGUCUUGUCUCGUGCUUUAAGUCAGUAUUUUGUGUCACUUUCUAAGCUGCCAGCCUCCCUUCACAUUCCACCUGACAAAGAGAGUGACAUUCUGAAGUUCGUCGUAAUGUUACUAGAGAUGCUUUCAUGGCAUUUAAUACAUAAACAUAUUCCACUAAGUGUAGAUCUCCAAGCUGUGUUGGAUUGCUGCUGUUUGACAUUACAGCAAUCCAAUUUAUGGAACUUGCUGGCUUCAGCAGCAUAUAUGACACAUGCCUGCUCUCUUAUCAACUGCAUCCAAUUCAUUAUAGAAGCAGUGGCAGUUGAGCCUGGAAAUUGGCUUCUUGGUCCAGAAAGGAAGAAGAAUCUUACAAAAGCCAGUGAGGAUGAAGUGGAUUCGCAAGCUCCAAAAUUUGAGUAUAUAACAGCAACUUGUGAAACAGCAGCAGAGCUGGUGGAAUGUGUACAGUCUACCUUGGCUUUGGGGCACAAGAAGAACAGCCAAAUCCCUGCAUUCCUCACCCCUAUUCUGAAGAACAUCAUAAUCAGCUUGGCCAGGCUGCCUUUAGUCAACAGCUAUGCAAGAGUGCCCUCCUUGGUCUGGAAACUGGGUUGGUCUCCAAAGCCUACAGGAGAUUUUGGCACAACUUUCCCAGAAAUACCUGUAGACUUUCUUCAAGAGAGAGAAGUAUUCAAGGAGUUUAUCUAUCGAAUUAACACAUUGGGGUGGACAAGCCGCAUGCAGUUUGAAGAGACUUGGGCUACUCUGCUUGGGGUCCUUGUUACACAGCCAAUUGUAAUGGAACAAGAGGAGAAUCAGCAAGAGGAAGACACAGAAAGGACCCAAAUAAAUGUUUUAGCAGUUCAAGCCAUUACGCUGUUGGUACUGAGUGCAAUGACGAUACCACAUGCAGGCAAUCCAGCUGUUAGCUGCUUGGAACAGCAACCUCGAAACAAAGCUUUAAAAGCUCUAGAUACAAGGUUUGGGAGAAAAUUAAAUGCCAUUAGAGGAAUUGUAGAAAAAGAAAUCCAAGAAAUGGCAUCCAAGAGAGAUAACAUUGCCACCCACCACUUAUACCAAGCUUGGGAUCCUGUUCCAUCUCUGUCCCCUUCUGCUACAGGUGCUGUUAUCAGCCAUGAAAACCUUUUACUGCAGAUCAAUACAGAGCGUGAAAUGGGAAAUAUGGGAUAUAAAUUAGGACAGGUCUCUAUCCACUCUGUGUGGCUAGGAAAUAACAUCACUCCAUUGCGGGAAGAAGAGUGGGAUGAAGAUGAAGAUGAUGAGAGUGAUAUCCCUGCAACUUCCUCGGUGCCAUCUUCUCCAAUCAAUUCCAGAAAACACCGUGCUGGUGUAGAUAUACAUUCAUGUUCUCAGUUCUUGCUGGAGUUGUACAGUCAAUGGAUUCUGCCAUCAAACCCAAUCAAGAGGACACCAGUUAUUUUAAUCAGCGAAGUUGUCCGAUCUCUUUUAGCGGUAUCAGACUUAUUUACAGAAAGGAAUCAGUUUGAAAUGAUGUACACAACAUUAACAGAACUACGGAAGGUACACCCAUCAGAAGAUGAAAUCCUUAUUCAAUAUUUGGUACCAGCUACAUGUAAGGCAGCUGCUGUUCUUAGAAUGGAUAAAACUGUAGCGGAGCCGGUGAGUCGCCUGCUGGAAGCCACUCUGCGCAGCGCUCACAUGCCCAGCCGGAUAGGAGCUCUGCACGGGAUCCUUUACGUCCUUGAGUGCGACCUUCUAGAUGAAACAGCAAAGCAGCUCAUUCCAACAAUUACUGAAUACCUGCUUUCCAAUCUGAGAGGAAUAGCACACUGUGUGAAUGUUCACAACCAGCAACAUGUCCUAGUAAUGUGUGCAGUGGCUUUCUAUUUAAUAGAAAAUUAUCCACUUGAUAUAGGGCCUGAAUUCUCUUCCAGUAUUAUACAGAUGUGUGUAGUGAUGUUGUCUGGAAGUGAAGAAUCAACACCAUCCAUUAUUUAUCACUGUGUUCUUAGAGGUUUGGAACGACUCCUCCUUUCAGAGCAACUCUCUAGGCUGGAUUGUGAAUCAUUAGUUAAACUGAGUGUAGAUAGAGUGAACGUACCCAGCCCUCACCGAGCCAUGGCAGCACUUGGGUUAAUGCUGACUUGCAUGUAUACAGGAAAAGAGAAAAUCAGUCCAGGAAGAGCCAUGGAUCAUAUUCAAGCAGCCCCAGACAAUGAGUCUGUAAUUGUGGCUAUGGAGCGAGUUUCUGUUCUUUUUGACAGGGUCAGAAAAGGAUUUCCAUUUGAAGCUAGGGUAGUAACUCAGAUCCUCCCUCAGUUUCUUGAUGACUUUUUUCCACCACAAGAUAUAAUGAAUAAAGUCAUUGGAGAAUUUUUAUCUAACCAGCAACCAUAUCCACAAUUUAUGGCAACUGUAGUAUAUAAGGUAUUUCAAACAUUGCAUACCACUGGCCAAUCAUCCAUGGUCCGUGAUUGGGUGAUGCUGUCAUUGUCCAACUUCACACAAAGAACACCUGUCGCCAUGGCAAUGUGGAGUCUGUCUUGUUUCUUUGUCAGUGCGUCCACCAGCCAGUGGAUUUCAGCAAUUCUUCCACAUAUUAUCAGCAGAAUGGGAAAAUCGGAACAAGUAGACAUUAACCUCUUCUGCUUGGUGGCUACAGACUUUUACAGACAUCAGAUAGAUGAAGAACUAGAUCGCAGAGCUUUUCAGUCUGUCUUUGAAGUGGUAGCAUCACCAGGGAAUCCAUAUCAUCACCUGCUAACUUGCUUGCAAAACAUUCACAAGAUCACAGCAUGCUAAAGAAAUGGCAAAGUGAUCAUAUGAAGAAAUGAACUAUUGGAACUUGAUGAAUUGAUUGAAUCUGGCAUAUAAGAACACUAGGAAGUUUGCAAAUGUUCAAGUCCCAUCCUAUUUUCAGGGUUAUAAGUUUCUAUUUUUCCAUCUUCCUUUGCAUAAAGCUGAACUAGCCAUCACAAAGUACACUAAACAUGUAAUUGGAACAUGGCUGUUAACGGGGCAUGCAAAAAGAAUGUCUGGUUAUGUUUGCUAUAAAGUUUGGGCUUGAGCAUUGAUUACUAUGUAGGAUAUGGCGAAGUACUCAAUGCAAAACAAAUUGCUCAUAUAAACUUCAGUCACUUUGCUGUUGCUACUAUUGAACCUGGCAAACCAAAAUGCUUUAGUUUCAUGUACUUGUAUGUAUUCAGUUGUGGCAUAAUACUGAUUAAAGGCUUCUUUUCUACAGUCUCUUGUAAGCAAGAAACACUUUAAAGACAUGUAAUAUUUCUGUCUCUGGCUGCUCUCUAAAUUGUGUUUGGGGGUGGGGGAAUAAAACUUUUCAUCUCAACAUUUAACAUUCGAAACCAUAUAUUGGUAAAAAUAUUAACUUCUAUAAAUAUUUCUAUAUCAUGUAUAAUAUGUAAAGAUGUAGAAUGGUAUGGCACAGGAAUUGUGUUUGCAGUUUGAAAUCAACAAUGGCCAUAUCUUGACACCAGUAGUACUACUUUUCAGUUUCCUAUUGUAUGUUCUUUCUCAUGUAUAUUUUUGAAAUCACUUUGAUACACAAGCUACAUUUUAAGCCCUAUAUUUCAUCUUUUGUAUGUUACUAUUUGAGAAACUUGAAUAUAAUGAUUAGUUUAAAUUGGGGUAUAAGAGAGAAUUAAUUGGGGGGGGGAUGUUUUGAAUUUACUUUGGAUAAGUGAAUGAGGGAAGGGACUAGCCACUUCAAUAAGCUUUCUUAAGUGCACAAUGUUUUUAGGAAAGCCAAAGGUUUUCUUCUGGACAGUGAUUCAUUGAACUUUUUCUGUCUAUGUCUUCUAAUUAAAACCAUACAGUUAAUCUGUCUGGAAAAACCACUGUAGAUUAAGAAUCAGAUCUGAUUAUGAUUACUAUGGAGUGAACUGAAGCAUUGUAUAAACAGGCAGGCAUUGGGGAGAAGCCAAUGGUGCCCUUGCAUAAGCAGCCAGCCUGGCCACUUCGGGUCUGCAAGUGGCCCCUCUGCGGCUUCUGGAGUAGCGAUUGAGAGGCAAGCCGAAAUGAAUGGAAAUGCAUAAGGGGGCUGCGCCAACUUCCCUUUUCCAGAAAUGAGGGUUCUCACUUGUCUUGUGGCUUCUCUAUGGAAACAUUAAAUGGUCAUUCUGCAAGUCAUAGGGGCAGCUUGUGGGCUGGAAGUGGCCAGGCUGCCUGCACGUGGGCCGGAAUCAGCGACCAGCGACAAUAGCAGACGGGCAGCACUGGGCUCUGCCCUCUCCUCUGUGUUCCAACAUUCCACCUGUGCACAUGCUCACCACAAAUAUUAGUACAUGUUAAAAUUCCAGAUGAAUACUAUAUUGUUGGGAGAGGCCAUUGUCUUCACAUAUGGAAAUAUAGGGUGGAGGAAAUUCAACAUGUUAGGUUUCAUUAAUGUUACUAUCUCCUUCAUUUCUUAACAUUUCUUGCCAAGAAAACUAUUGUUUUAUCAGAAGGAAUGUGGACUUGUGUAUAUAAUCUAUGUAAAAUUAUACAUGUGACUGCAUUUAAUGUAUACAUAUGUCUAUAUUGUAUUUAUUAAA